CGCGCUAAAAUGAAGUUGAUAAUUUUGAUAGGCUGUCUGGUGGCAGCAGUUCUAGCUGAAGAAGACGGUACACCUAAAUGUACGGCAUCGGUAACAACUGCAAGCGGAAUAAAGGCCCGCGCAGGACCGUACUGUUCUGGAGAAUUGAUCUUUGAAGACAAUUUCGAUUUCCUGGAUCUCGAGACGUGGGAGCAUGAGAGCACCUUAGCCGGUGGCGGAAACUGGGAGUUCCAGUGGUAUGCGAAUCACCGCUCUAAUUCUUAUUGUGAAAACGGUAUCUUUUAUAUACGCCCUACACUGGUUUCUGAUGAUACCGGUGAGGCUUUCCUCACUAGCGGCACACUAAAUAUCCACGGUGGCCAGCCGGCUGAUCAAUGCACUGGACCUUUCUUCUGGGGAUGUGAACGUGCGGGAAAUCCAGAACAUAUCGUAAAUCCCGUUAAAAGUGCGCGAGUGCGAACGUCUGAGUCGUUCAGUUUUAAAUACGGCCGACUAGAAGUGAGUGCAAGGAUGCCUACUGGCGAUUGGCUUUGGCCUGCUAUAUGGCUCUUACCAAGACGUCAAGUUUACGGCACUUGGCCAGCAUCUGGUGAAAUCGAUCUUGUGGAAUCCCGUGGAAACCUGGACUAUAGAGAUGCUAGCGGCGUUCAUAUCGGUGUCGAACAAGUAGGAUCUACCCUACAUUUUGGUCCUAGCUAUGAUAUGAAUGGAUAUGAAACGACAGUGAGCCAUUUGAACAGUGCCCCUGGACAAGGUUUCAAUGUUGGAUUCCACCGGUACCAGUUGGAAUGGACUCCGGAUCACAUCACGUUCAGUGUGGAUGAUCAAGUGCUUCGCCGAAUCGACGCUGGAACUGGAUUUUGGGACCGAGGUGGAUUUGUCACACAAUCUCCGGCUUCGGAAAAUCCUUGGAUGCACGCAAGCGUGAUGGCGCCAUUCGAUCAAGAGUUCUACCUGAUUAUGAAUCUGGCCGUUGGUGGCGCUAACGGCUUUUUCCCGGAUGUACCACCAGCAAAUAACGGGCCUCGAGCUAAACCGUGGCCUAAUAAUUCCCCUGCGGCGGCACGUGAUUUCUGGAACGGCAGAGGCUAUUGGGUACCAACGUGGCAAAUGGACGUGAACCGUGGCAAAUCCUCUUCACUGCAGGUGGAUUAUGUUAGAGUUUGGGCUCUAUAA